AUGUUAUAUCUUAUAAAGGCACAGACUUUCCUAGAAACUCUAGACUUAGAAGCCAAAGAUACUUUGGCAGACACUUCUAAAUUUGCUUUAGAAGCUGUGAGCAAUGUAGGAGAGGCUGUUGGACCUUAUCUUCCUUUGAUAACAGCAGUAGCUGCACUUACACAACAAAUUGUAAAAGCAUAUGAAAGUGCUCAAUAUAAUACUAAGAAAUCAUGCGCAGCAUUAAUUGAAAGAGUGCAAUCAGCUGAAGUAGCUGUUCAAGCAAAAUUUCGCAAUCAAUCAUAUUAUUUUAACUUUGAAAGAUUUGUUGCUAUUCUGAGAGAAAUUAAAGGAUUUAUUCAAGAUGUAACUCAUUUAACUGGUUACAGAAAAUUUAUUUCAAGCGUUCAUAUUAAAGAGAGAUUUCAACAAUUAAUUACAGAUUUUGAUAGUGUUGUGGCAGAUUUACAACUGGCAAUGGUAAUUGCUAAUGAAGAUGAAAGACGGUCGGAUAUCGCUAUGUUACAAGAAGAUAUUGACGAAAUGAACAAAUUUUUAAAAAAAUUGAAGGUGGUGUGGCAACUAUUAAUAAUAAGAUUAGUAAUGUUUUCGAACAUAUCUUAACUUUAAAAGGCAAAUCAUCUGAAAAUGGUUUCAACCCUAUUAUCAAUA